GGAGGGAAAAGCAAACACUAUGACAUCCCAUAUCAUCAGUGGAAGUCUUACGUGGCAGCUAUGACCAAGAAGGAGGAGGAGAAAGCAUCUCACAUUCAAGAUAUCCUUGCAGAGCUGGAGGAAGGCAGUGAUACUCACAAUGUGAUGAUCAAACGUCUCAAUGAAAGAGUUGUCAACAUCGAGAGAAACCAGAUUAUGGCGGGGUUUAUUCUAGAGAGCAUCAUGAACAGCGUGGAAGCUCUCGAUCCGUCAAUGCCCGCACCUAUAAGUCAGAUCAGACGAGUCCACACUGCCUCCAGGAGCUCUCCCUACCCAGGGACAUAUAUUAACAGGUUCCCUGUUCUAGAGAAGGAUGUAUCCUGGGAUGUGAAAUUUGAAGCUUACGACCCGAGCACAUACACUAAACCUGUUGAAGAAUUUCCACGUGAUGUUCAAAAGUGGAUAGAUCGAGAUAUUCUCAAACUCCGCGUCCAACAAGAAGAGCAAGGCCUUACUGAAUUGGAUGACGAAACAGGACCUGUGACUGGACCGUUACCAGAUCCUAUAUUUAACACUGUUCAGAUGGUUCAGCUUUCCAAUGAAAUCGAAAUAGCUAUAAACCGGAUUUCAUAUAUUACUGUCGGGGAUAGUGCCUUACAGUAUGAAAUAGAUUCUACUGGAGCACCCAGAAACCCUAUGGGAAGAACAGGCCUGAGAGGACGUGGCAAUCUGUGGAGAUGGGGGCCAAAUCACAUGAUCCAGGCGGUCAUCUCUCGCUGGGGAAAUCAGCUCGUGGACAGCAGUGUACAGGGUUCGAAGACGGGCAGUAAAAAUAUGGAAAUUCUGGUUGAAAAAGACAGCACCGAUAGUAGCUUAAUUACCCUGCCAGGGUGUCGAGUGCAGAGUGGCAUGACUCCAUACAGCUCUAUCUGUAACUACGCCACGAAAGACAUUCUGCUAGAAACUUCAGGCAUAGCGGAGCAGGAUUACGACCAAGACGAUAUGGUGGAGUUUUUUAGCAAGUUUUCUACCAGUGACAUGAGAAAAAAGAAGAAAUCUAUGUACACAACUCUUGGCUACUCCGCCUUCCUUGUGUACCAUGGUUACGCAGACGACGCUUCAAAUACUGACAACGCCUGGAAAGAGACGGAGAUAUGGAACUUCCAUUACAAAUACAAAGAUGCCUUUGACACUUAUGUCAAAGAU